AGAACCGUCUCAUGAUAUCAAGGAAAGCUAGGAAGCAUUCAAAAUUAGGGCUCCAUCAACUAAGGUAAUCUGCGAAUAGCUACCAAAUUUUUGCUGGCACUUGACCGAGGACACAAUGCAUUACCCUAAAGAGCUCCAGUUUUUAUCAUCGGCGUCAUUAAUAUGUCGGGCUUGCCCUGUCGCUUGUUUUCUUUCUCGUUUCACUUCCUCGUCAGAUACCUAAACACUUACUUACCUCGAUACUCACUAUGGCUUAUGAAAGAUACCUUGCUCGUAUGACACUUCGCGGCCCUGAUGCCGACGACACAUUUCCAGAACGACAUGCUGUUGAUUCACCACCUGGACUUCGAGAACAUCCUGACCCCCACGAUGAAGAUUCUGAAACCGUUGCAAGACCUAUACGAAGGCGACGAAGACGUCGAUCGGAGAGUACCGAGGGAUAUGAGAUGAGGGAUCGUUACUGGGAAGCAAUGGAUAUCAUUGACCGAGAUCUGAAAGAGGCAGCCAAAGCGCCGGCGGUCUGGGAUUAUGUGUACGACCCGGUUUGCUUACCCCCGCCCAAAGCAGAAAAAACCCCAGCCAUCCGUCGACUUGGAAAUUUACCAAUUAAAAGAGCUUGGAGGCGUCGGAAUAGUAGGGAGGGACCAGAUCUAACCUCGACGAGCACCAUUGAAGCUAUCAUGUUAUACGAACGAGGCAUGAUGAUACCUAGGCAAUCUCAAUGUACACAUUGCCAACAAGGCCGAGGAAUAUCUCCUGGGUGUGUUAUUAUGGAGCUCGACGGGGAGGUGCAAGAAGGUACGACUGAUACGGGUGGGCUAGGAUCAUCGUGUAGUAAUUGCUUGUAUGAUGGAAGGCCUGAUCAAUGUGAUGCGCGAGCACCGUCACCUAGCUCAAGCCAACCUUCGAGGACGCAAACUCCUAGCCAAAUCAAACGCUCGUUCGCUUCGAACCCGACUCAUCUCGAAGUAUUAGAUAUGGUGGAUAAGACGAUAAAAUCAAAAAAGGGCGACGGAAAGGACGACGUGAUCGUGAGAGCCAAGCAGAUUGAGACGGCGGCUUUGGAGAUCGCCCAAGCGGCGCAUGAGUGGGGACUCGCUGUUAUGGAUAAGCGUCGAAAGAAUGUAGACCCGAAAGAUCGUGCAAAUUGAAGUCUUGUUCUAUCUAGAGUAGAAAUCUGCUGUGACGGAACCCUA